CAAAAGAUCAAAAUCCAUUUAUAUUUUCUAGAGAGAGAGAGAGAGAGGGAGAGUAACAAUGGCAGGAAUUGUUCACAAGAUUGGAGACGCCCUCCACAUAGGAGGAGGAGGAGGUAACGAGCACAAGAAAGACGAGGAGUACAAGAAGGAAGGUGAGCACCACAAGGACAAGAAAGACGAACACCACAAGGACAAGAAAGACGACCACAAGAAAGACGGCGAUCACAAAGACAAAGACAAAGACGACAAGAAGAAGAAGAAGAAGAAGGACAAGAAGAAGGAUGGCCAUGACAGCAGCAGCAGCGACAGCGACUAAUCUAUAAUAUUCUGGUGUUUGGGGCGUCAUGAGAUGAGAACACGCUCAACUCCUAUUUCCUUUCCGUUUACGGCCCAACAUUAUAUUUUGCAUUUCAAGAAAAGAAAAGGCUUGUUCCGCAGCCCAACCCCGAAAAAAGAGAAGAAACAAAGAAGUCGUUUUUAAUGUUUAUCUGCUGAAUGCUGUUGCUUAGUAGUAGCUAUAUAUGUAAAAUGUUUCUACGCAGGCACUGAAUAUAAAUGUGAAACCUCUGACCGACUUUCAUAUGAAUAAGGAUAAAUGCUUAAUAUUAUCU